GUGUGUGUGUGUGUGUGUGUGUGAUGCUGAUCUCCUGGUUCUGAUGCAGUAGAUUGUGUUGGAGAUGUUGCCUCUUCUAACCUCCUUCCUGUCUGCAGAUGCCUGCCAGCUCACACUGGACCCCAACACAGCACACAGAAAGCUGUCUCUAUCUGAGGGGGACAGGAAGGUGACACACACACACAGAGACCUGUCUCUAUCUGAGGGGGACAGGAAGGUGACACUCACACACAGAGAGCUGUCUCUAUCUGAGGGGGACAGGAAGGUGACACACACACCGGGGAGAGAGCAGCCAUAUCCUGAUCACCCAGAGAGAUUUGACUCCAUGCAGCAGGUGCUGUGCAGAGAGGGUCUGUCUGGGACUCGCUGUUACUGGGAGGCUGAGUACAGUUGGGAGGCUGAUAUUGCAGUGGCGUAUAAAGGAAUCAGCAGGAAAGGAGGGGGAUCUGACAGGAUCUUUGGAUACAAUGAUCAGUCCUGGAGUGUGUGCUGCAGUGGUGACGGGUUCUCUGCUCAGCACAAUAAUAAGAGCACUUCCAUACCCGCCCCCUCCUCCCGCAGAGUAGGAGUGUAUCUGGACUGGCCGGCCGGCACUCUGUCCUUCUACAGCGUCUCCUCUGACACUCUGACCCACCUGCACACUUUCCACACCACAUUCACUCAACCCCUCUAUCCUGGGUUUGGGGUAGGAUGGUGCUCCUCAGUGUCCCUGUGCAUGCUGGGAUAGAUCCCUGUAUCCUGGAGGAGUGGAUGGGAUGUUAUUCAAUGUUGUCAUGACUGCAUAAAUCUCCACAUUAAUACUGACAGUGUACAAACACUGAAUAGGAUUUACUUACUAUGAUUUAUUCCAAUAUUGUAAAGGAGUGAUUUAUUUUAUUAAUAUUU